CAUAAUGAUAACCAAGAAAACAACUGAUCUGAACUGAACUUCUCUCAGAUAAACAACCUGUUGUACUUGACCUGCAUUAAAAUGCUAUUCACAGUGAUUGUUCUUUUCUGCAUGAUCUCUCUGACCCCAGAAGCUUCUGAAGUGGGUCUUGGUGGUAAAGUGCUUCUCUUUCCAACCAAGACUAAUUCCAGCUAUGUUAAACUCUUUCCUAAAAAACCUAUGAGGAUGUCAGCAUUUACACUGUGCAUGCGUGUUGCUACAGAGGAACCGAUGAAGAAAGAGAUGAUUUUCUUUACCUACCGUACACCAAACGUAGAUGAGAUUAAUGUAUGGAGAGAGAAUGAUGGCCGUACGGCCCUCUAUAUUAAAACUAGCAAAGAUGCAGCAUUUUUCACCUUGCCUCCUUUUACCCUUCGUACCCACAUGUGCACCACCUGGAGCUCAGCGUCUGGUUUUACAGCCUUUUGGGUGAAUGGACAACGCAGCGGACACCAGGUGUACAGAAAAGGUUUCAUAAUCAAUCAUGAUGGCACCGUCCUGCUCGGCCAGGAUGCUGAUUAUUAUCUGGGCAAGUUUGAUGCAAAGCAGAGCUUUGUAGGUGAAAUUUCAGAUGUGAACAUGUGGGAUUAUGUUCUGUCUGGGAACCAGAUUAGGGCAUUAAAUUCAAAACAGCAUGGUGUGCCAAACGGAAAUGUGUUCGAUUGGAAUGCCAUACAAUAUGAGAAAUAUGGAAAUGUGAAAGUGGGACAAGACAAUUGAUUAUAUUCAAUUGUAAUGUUACAUACACAUUCUGACAGCUGUGUCAAUCCUAAUGAUCUGUUCAU